AUGGGAGUCGAGGUUGUCAACCUUAUGUGGGAUUCCAUUACAUACCCGUGGGGCCAUGUGGAUUCAAAAGUCUCCCAGCAAGGAAGCAUUCAUACCUACAUACACUCCUCACUCUACUCCCACCAUCCCAGAAUAUGGCUCAACGGAGACAUUAUGGAGUAUGUCUAUCAAACUCCCACCUCCUCUCAGCUGCUCCUCUUCCGCACUGUGACCCCCCCCCCCCCCAUAUGUCAGACCUGGUGGAGUGACCCUUCCUUGCCCCGCUGGAUUCCUCCAUCGCCAAACAAACUGAGGAACGACGUCGAAGGGCUCAAUGUGCUCCCCCAGCCACACUGCCGCCGCGACCACCACCCCAACCCCCACUGUGACCUCUUGACCCCACCCAGGCUGACCUGUGCUGACCUGCCACCCCGGAGCCCUCGCCUGCAGGCCAGCCCCCAGCUCCGCAGACUGGAACAGCACCAGCAACAACUACUAGAACUGCAGCAACGCAGAGAACAUCAGGGAAAACCCAAAGAAGAAGAGGCGAGGAAGAAGAGCGAGAAGGAGAUUAAGAAAAAUGUGGAGCAGCAGGAGGAGGAGAAGCUGAGGAGGGAGGAGCUGAAGCAGAGGCAGCAGAUCAUGCGGUGGCAGCAGGAGCUGGAGGACCAGGCACAGCAGACGUCACCGCAACAACAGCCCCAGAAAGGUCAGGCAACAGUGCUGCUUUCGCCUUCCUCUGGUCUCCAUACCAUUUAUGAAGCCCUGGAGAGUGAUGAAGAGGGGAAGCAAAUUGAGGUUAAUGUCCAGCUCGAACAAUGCGAAGAAGCCCCGCUGGAGAACGAGGUUGACAGUAACAGUGACCGUCGAGAGGUGUUGGAUGAGGACGGAGCUGAUAGCAACUCCACCUCCACUCUCAGUCCCUCUCCAGACUCCCCCGAGCAGGAAGAGUCCCGGGACGCCUCCCCAGAAUGCCCCCCUCCCCUGGACCUGGACUGGGGGAAGAAAGUUGACAUUGUCCAGCAGCUGAUCAACCAGACCUUGCUGCUGACGGGCGAUGGCUGCUCCUCCCUGCUCCUGCUGCCCGGAGGCACCUUGAGCCCCCUGGAGGCCAGCCUGUGGCCCAAACUGCUUCCCCCCCUUACCCCUCCCUCAGCCACGGUCACGUCGGUCAGCAGCUUCUCCCCGGAGGCACCCGGCCAGUCCCCCCAGGGUGAAUGGACAGUGGUGGAGCUGGAGACACACCACUGAGGGAUGUAGAGGUGUGUAUGUGUGUGUGUGUGCGCGCACACAGUGAAGACUCACCAUUAAUGGUUGCACACUGUAACACCACCUCUUUUACCUUUCCUUGCCACUCAUCACUGCAAAUACAACACUACUGUUUGAUACACUGAACUAACACCACUGUAUUUUCAAACAUGAUACCUUUUGAUUGGGGGGCAAAGGACACUGACACCACGGUCAUAUCAAUCACAGACUGACUCGCACUGGAAUUUUACCUCUCUCUCUCAUGCUAAAACUGUUAGGUUACAUACCAGCAGUCCCAGAGGGCUACUACCUUGAUUAGACUGGUUGACUGAAGCUUCUGGGCCAGCUAUUUGGGUAGAAUAGUGACUACUUGUUAGCCAAUGUUACUGAAGCUAAAACUACUGGAUUUUAACAUUUAUUUAACCUUUUAUUUAACUAGGCAAGUCAGUUAAAGAACUAAUUCUUAUUUAGGAACAGGGGGUUAACUGCCUUGUUCAGGGGCAGAAUGACAGAUUUUUACCUUGUCAGCUCAGGGAUUCGAUCUUGCAACCUUUCGGUUACUAGUCCAAUGCUCUAACUAACCACUAGGCUUCCUCCUGCCCCAGGUAGCCUCACACACACGCAAUAGGUUUUGAUGUGGGGGGUCGGGUCCUAGGUGGUUCAGUUCACACUGACGAUGUUGAACUACUGACUUGGUUUAUGAUUAUUGGUCUGAAUUACUGAUGACAAACUGCACUUGACUAGACCAGUAUCCUAUAAUGAUCACUCAAUGCCUGCUUAGCUUUGUGCUUCAAAACUGUUUGAUUAACUCUGGAGCAGCAAGUCAUAGAAAUAGAAUCCCUAGAACAGUCACAGGAUCCCCAUUCCAAUUGCAGAGGGCCUUUAUCCUUUCUAGUGAUGCUAUUUCUAUGGGCCAAGUUCCUGUGUUUCUCUGAUGUCAAACCAGAGGCCUUCCACCAGCUGUGGUAAAACACUGGUUGGCCGUAUCUGUUAGAGUAAGGUUAUUUAUUGACUCUAUGAUGAAUUCCACCAUUUCAGGGUGGUAUUUCACUAAGCAGGAUCUAUUUUGUGAUACAACUUAGUGAAAUACACCUGGGUGCUAAUGAAAUGAGGGACUGUUUCUGCUGCAUGCUACUGCUGACUCCGAUGAAGGCCACCGGAAAUAUCGUUUUUCAUGUCUUUUUUUCAGAAGCACUCUCACGUUUUUUUUCUGAAGACUUGGCCCCAUAUCCUAAGUGGUUUUCCUCAUGUUUGGGCUUGUUUCUGUGGUUACGGAUGAUGACAUAAUGGGGGUCGGAGUGGUCAUGACAUUGAUAUGAGGUAAUGGAGAAAUGAAUAGGUAAUUGAAGAGUGUCAGAGUGUAAGGAAACAAAGAGUCUCUGAGUAGAUUUCUCUGGGGAUGUAACCGGUUCUUCUGUGAGGCUGCUGGGUCCUAGCCUGGUCCCAGAUCUGUUUGUGCUGACCAUCUGCCCAACUCCUAUGGUAGUUUGGUGUGAUGAAGACCAUGGGCGUUGGGCAGAUGGUCAGCACCAACAGAUUGCCAAGACGAUACAAACCGAUUUGGGACCAGUCAUGGGUUUUCGCGGGUUAAUAUUGGGGUUAGUCAUGAACUAUAUUUGAAGGAUGGUGGUACAGAGUUAACCUUGUGGAUGUGUACAUUUAUUUGUGCGUGUCUGGGUGGAAAGGUACUGCAUGUGAAGAAAACCAUUUGCAUUACCUCAGUGGAUUGUGAAUAUAGUAAAUGAGUAUGUCCAUUAAGCCUAUAAUAUGGAUUCAUAGAGCGUUUGAAAAUUGAUUUAUUGCACCAUGUACCUUCAGUUUGAAACCUGAUCUGACAUGAGUCAAACACUGGCUUUACUAUUAGGGUACUUGUGUUCAAAUGGGAACUUGCAUUAAGCCUCACUGAAGUUGAUUUUCUAACAGGAGUGUCAUCUAUUUAGCAGAAACAUGGAUUUUGUCAUUGCGGUUGAACUUUGAGCCCUAAGGAGAGAGUCCACUGUGUGGGGCAACGAUCCUGGAUGGAUGAAGGUCCGUGAAUGCCGAGACACACUCCUUCAUAUACCAUAGGGAUGGACUCGACUGUUGAUAGAACCACUCUGCUGUGAGGCCAGGGCUAGUAGAUACUAUAUGUAUCAAACCCUUUUCCACCGUAGGCACAGCAAGCAAAGGCCCUUUUUUAUAUAAAUGGCAGCUAGAUUCUCCCGUGUCUUUUUCAAGCCGUUUUUCCAUGUGUAGCCAAGUGGCUGCCAUUUUCUAAGGCAGUUUGGUACAUUCCGAUUUGAGGGCUCUGCCACUUCUACGCCAAGAUCCCAAAGCGACACGCACAAGGCAUCGGUCAAAGCUGGACUUUAUCUCUUGUUUUUAAACGUCUCCUCACUGUUGUGUAUUGUUAGUGUAUAGUAUUACUGAAAGGGGAGUCUCACACCAUUUAUUGCAAUGAAGUGAACCCACUGGAUGUUUGUUGUACUGUAGAGAAUAUUUUAAAGUACGGUAGAUGAGAGGUGACAUUUAUUUAUAGAUUUGAAGCAGAUCUUGUUUUAGAGAAUGAAGGUUAAUGGUUGUAGAUGUAAUGGUUUAUUUAAAUUCCAAGAUGUGACCUUUGAACUUCCGUCGGUACGACACUUGUAGACCUUUUUUUUUCUUCUUUUGUUCGUAUGAUGUUUUGCCUGCACUUCUUAAAGAUAAUCUCAAUAGUUAUCAGGGGAUAUGACGUGACGAGAGCGUGUUCAGUGCUUCCAUGAACCGUUGGUCCAUUUCUGUAUUUUAUGGAACUACUCAAACCAUCUCCAAACAUUCCCGUCUCGCUGGUGUAGAAAUGACACUGUAGUAAAUGACUAUCACGCAAGUUACAGAACUAUCAUGCCCAAUGGAGCAUGUCUGGGAAUCCCUAGUACUGAAAGGUGUGGACUCUUCCCCUCUCUUUUUGUAAAGUUCUGUCAUUUUUAUUUUAAAAUGAAGGGAAACCCCCUUUCUAAUUAAUGUCUAUUCUCGAUGAAAUGAGGCGUUUUGAUGUUGUGGAGUUCAAAUUACGGCAGCUUGUUUAAAUACUUAAUAAUUCCUUGAGGUUGUGUGUGUGUGUGAACGGCUAAUGUGUUUUGUCAAUAUUUCAAUGCAUUUUAUUUCCGGAAAAUAAAAUAGAUUUUCUUUUGCCA